UAGAGCUGUAUUCCACCGUGCACUCUGUAGUACUGUUCCUGUCUGUGACGCUUUCCUUCCUCCCUUCCUUUCGUCAUGUUCAACAACAGCAGCAUGGUUUCUUACUUCCCUUCACAAGCAACCGGUGACUCAGCAGGGAGUAGGUUGCCCGGUGACUUGAGUCCUUUCUCUGUCUGUCCUGGAACGUCGCGUUCCGUCCAGAGCAGCCUCAAUCAGAGUACAACCAUCAGCUCCAAGUGCGGCAGCUGCCAGGACACCUCCGUAUUUCCUAAGGUACUCAACUGUCUGCACACCUUCUGCAAAUCGUGCCUCGAAAGACAACAAACAACAACCGACAAGUUGAAGUGCCCUCAGUGUUUACAGGAGACUACCUUACCAGCCGAAGGCAUUGCCGGACUUUUCUCACACUAUGCCACAUCGAUCAUCCUCAAGACCUUGGUGCUCGACCGUUCCUCUCUCACGUGCACAGCUUGCAAACACACAGCUGUUCCUGCAGUUGCACGCUGCCUUGAUUGCGUCCACUAUAUAUGUUUCAAUUGUGUAAUGGCACACCAGUUCAUGCAUUGGCUUCAGUCCCACCGGGUUCUCACAUUGGGUGAGAUACAGAUCUAUCCAAACAACCUUAGAAAAAAUGACCAAGCGACACGUUGUUUUCGCCACAAAAAUGAGACUGUUCAGUUCAUCUGCAGGACCUGCAACAUUUCUGUUUGCCGGGAGUGCGCAGCGUUUGAACACCCCAUUGACACGCACACCCUCAUGGCACUUGUGGACGUGAGACAAAAGCUCAACGAAGAUCUCUCAUUCGUCAUCAGCAGCACUAAAAAGAAGACCGACAACCUCCUGAGCUCUGUAAUGGGCAUAGAAAAGACUUUGAGCCGGUUACACAUCCAGUACCGCGAAGCUCAGGCUGAUAUUUGCAGCUCCUUCGAAUCCUGGAACGAGACGACACUGGGACAGAUCAAGCAAGAAAUUCUGAUAGACCUGCAAAACACCUACAAUAAAAAACGUCUGUUCAUGGAGCGCCUGGGCAAGAAAGUGCAGGAGAGCUUAUGCAGGAUCAUCAAAGUUUGCGUCACUGCCGAAAGGCUAGCAACCUUCUCAUCUACAAACAAGGAAUUACUAGCAUUUCAAGAACUGCUGGAUACAGAUUUCCAGGAAAUAAUGACCUUCAAUCCGGAGACACACUUGCAGGGCAUGGACCUGGUGUUCGUGCCAAACUUCACCGCCUUGCAAGUCAGCAUCCAAAAUUCCUUGGCGUGUACCCAGCAGCGCUCCGAAGUCGUGCUGCGUGGAGCGUUCUCACGACCCGAUCUCAAGGCCCCUACCACCGACAGUUAUUCCAACAGAUAUUCACAAACAACUCUUGGAACGAGCAACAACGCAUCAUCGAGCCCAUCGUUAAUGCGUGAGCGCACCUACUGCAGUGGUGCAAGUUGCUCUACUAGCAAUGACCCGUGUUCUACGAGUCUCUUGCCUUAUGCCGAAAAAUGGUCCACAGUACCGAACCCAAUAUUUCCCUACGUGCCUCACCUUUCGGAGCCCAGCGUUAGCCUGCUGCGCAGUUCAUAUGCCUUGGGUGACGUCCUGCAAAACAAGUCCCCAAUAAAGCGCCAGAAGAUUUUCUACCACAGCAAGUUCGGAGAGUUCGGCGUCAUGGAGGGUCAGUUCACGGAACCGUCUGGAGUGGCUGUUAACGCUCAAGGUGACAUCAUCAUAGCAGACACCAACCGCCAUCGUAUACAAGUAUUCGACAGAGGCUGCAGAUUCAAAUUACGCUUCGGAGAGUGCGGCAGGAGAGACGGCCAAUUGCAAUAUCCAAACCGUGUUUUUGUCGUUCGCGCUUUCGGCCACAUUAUAGUGACCGAACGAGCUCCAACGCAUCAGGUUCAAGUUUUCAACCAGUACGGACACUUCCUCCGAAAGUUUGGUUCAUCAGUCUUGGAACAUCCGCGUGCAGUCACUGUCGACAGCAAGCGACGAAUCAUCGUCGUUGAAUGCAAAGUGAUGCGCGUUAUCAUCUUCGACCUUUGGGGGAACAUCUUGCGUCAGUUCAGCUGUUCCGAGCACCUCGAGUUCCCGAACGGCGUCGCAGCAAAUGACAAGGAGGAAAUUUUUAUCUCUGACAAUGGCGCUCAUUGUGUGAAGGUGUUCUCCUACGAAGGUGCACUCCUCCGGCUCAUUGGUGGAGCUGGGGUAACUAACUAUCCCAUAGCUGUGUGCAUCAACAAAAAUGGUCAUCUGGUCGUAUCGGACAAUCACCACUACUUCCACAUCACUGUGUUUACGCAAGAUGGUCAUCUCGUGAGCGCCUUCGAAAGCCACGUGAAGCACGCACAGUGCUACGACGUAGCCCUCACGCACGACAACUCCGUUAUACUUGCUAGCAAGGACUGUAGACUCUACAUUUAUCGCUACAACCAGUCGUUGUUUUGAAGGUUUCAUCACUCUAUAGUUUCCGAGUAUGCUUCCAUUUGUGGCGUUUCUCUGUUUGUGGCACUUGUUUCUGUUGAUACCCAUGGUUGUGCACGAUGGGAUUGGUAUACGCAGGGAAUGAAUUUCAAUUGUCCUCUCAAUUGCUAUCCGUGGUCUCCGUGUUGACUUUGUCCUUCAGGCACUUGGAGGCUGUGUUGUCUUUGUCCAUAGAUGGAACCCACCUCGGCUCGUUUGUGUAUCUGUUAAAAUGUCCCCUUGCCAACCAGAAAUUCCGUUUCGAGAACAAUGGUUGUGCUUCUCAGUUCUCUUUAAUGUCGGUCAUUAAAGAGAAGCGAAAGAAAGUAAGUUCCAGAAAUCAAGAUACCUCCCAACUUCAUCUUCCAAAGUAUCUUCAGACGCGCUUUUGUAGUGUGGACAACUAAGGCUGGGUGGCUGGCUGGUCUAGCUUUCCCUCAAGAAAUCUCCCUUCCCUAGUCUUCCCUUCCCUAUACUACACCACACGUACAAGGUUCGUCGAGUAGUAACGCACCAGGUUGAACGUGUUCACGUUUGUUCACCGGGCACGGAAUGACAGUGAUGAAAAAUCACGUAAUAAAAACUUUGUUGUGUGCUCCCAUCUACCACUAAUUGAGAAGCAGUUAAGGUGUUGUCAAGAACGCGAAAGACUUCUUUCUGUUCAAAAGCAAA